AGCAGCAGCAUCAGUCGCAGCCGCAGCGGCAAUCUGGACUUGGAUCUGCUCGAGGCGGGAAAACCGUAAAAUCUCAACCUCACGUGCGAACGAGACAUUUCGAGGACGUUCGCAACGUUACUAAGUUUUCACGGAGCGUCUAAAGCCGAGGAUAAAACAACACUUGCGUAAUAUGACAAUUGAUGACUGGUAAACUAUAUAUCAAACUGGCGAUGUUACACAGAGUGGGAGCUGAAAGAAAAAAAACCCGCGAGUCGCGUUUUAAUCAGGAGGGACUCUCGCGUGCUGCCAGAUUUGAGGAAGCCUGUAGGAAAGUCCUCAGGCUACUUGCAUAGCGUCGAUCAUAAUAACGCGAUAUUAUCGUGCAACGUUUAAUUACGAUGCGACGAUAACUCCCGGCGAGCGAACUUCUGCCGUUGUCGACCGUCAAUUUACUUGCGGCGUCGUGUACCAAUUUUCGUUGCAUAACGCCGGAGCGACAAUAUACAGAGUAGCUCAAAGCGCUGCCCCGGUACAGAGCUUUUACGCUUAAUUAAUACGGAACGUAAAUCCUAAUUGUGACAAUUUCAUGACAGAUUCUUUAUAUAUCAUUUGCUCCUUUCACAACAAGUUAACAAGAUUUAAAUCUCAGAUUGCAGCGCUUUGAAUUGUGAUAAAAAUCAAAAUUGAGUUCGACCACGAACACGUGCGCUUAGGAAAGAUCGAAUACUACCAAGGAAUUUCCUCUGCAGGACAUAUCCGUGAGAUAUUCGGUACAUCGCAAUUCGACACGCAGUGCUGUUACAGUGGUGUUUCAGCAGCUCCGUUGCGUGCAACGCGUUAAAAGACACGAGGAGGAGAGCCGGAGUCGUUGAAAUGUACAGAGAUCUGAGUCGCCUUGUGAAACGAGCUGUAGCCUGAUUCUCCGCGUCGUGGCAGUGUGUUGAUUGUACAACCCGGCUCUAUUGUACAAGUUACGACAUUCCGUGACAAUACGAUAAGUAUCGGACCGGCAGGCAAGCCAAGAUGAUUCUCCGCCGAAAGUCACCGCAUAGCUGCAAUUGUCCCUGCCAUCAACACUGCUCGACUAAAUGCACAGAAGAUGUAGAGAGUAUGACAGGCGAGAUAGAAAAUGGGGACUUGGCAGUUCGAGACGUUGCAGACCUUCUCCAGGCACAGUAUGCAAUUAUUGCUGGAGGAAAAACACGAGAGGGAUGUCCUAUAAUUACAUUUCCAGAUAAUGGCAAUUUUCAUAACUUGACUGAUUUGGACUAUCAACGUCUCAUGCUAUAUCUCACUUCUGUGCCAACGUUGCAAGAAGCCGAUCUUGGAUUUCAUUUGAUAAUUGAUCGGAGAAAUGAUAAAUGGAACUCAGUGAAAACGGUACUUCUAAAAAUUUCUGCAUUUUUUCCUGGUUUGGUACACGUCGCGUAUGUGUUGCGACCCGCCGGAUUUUUACAAAAGGCUAUUUCGGAGGUAUCGAACAAACUGUUCCGGGAAGAUUUCAAGUUCAGGGUUAUAUUCCUAGCUAAUGUCGCCGAGCUGUACGAAUUCAUAGAGAAGGAACAACUCACCGAGCAACUCGGUGGCAAUUUACCAUAUUGCCAUCACACUUGGAUACAGAAUAGAAUUAGUUUGGAAAAAUUUUCAUCAAUGACACAGGAUGUGUCUCUUGCAUUAGACUCUUUUACGCGACGUUUGGCCGAAGUGGAAUUUCCAAAUAACACUAUCGCUACGACAACGCUUUUGUCGCAGCAACAAGCUGAGUAUAACGAGUUAAAAGAAGAGAUACUUACCGCUGCCAGACACGGAGAAGCUCUUCUGGACAGCGUGCGACAGUUAACUGGAAAAGGAACGGCCGAUAGAUUAGGAAAUGUUGCUGCAGUAGAAAGACUACUUGUUCAAUUGGAGGAAACCGAGCGCACCUUUGAUUUGUUUUGGUCACAUCACAGCUCACGUUUGAGACAUUGUCUAGCUUUACGACAAUUCGAGCAAGAUUUUCGAGAAUUGCAAGCAACAUUGGAUCAGCAUCUAAAGACGGCGGAAGAAAUGACGGAAGUCGGCGAGACGCAGGCGAGAGUGGAGCAAUUGUUGCAUGACACAUCGGCAUUUCAGCGAAUAUGCAGAGGAGACAUAGAUCGUGCGGAGGAGGUGAUAUCUGCUGGUCAGCAGUUAUUAUCCGGCAGGCAUCAGUGCCCAGCGGAUGUUGUGGAACCUAAAUGCGUGGAGUUGCAGAGAGUCUGCACUAUUCUUAGUCAGAGACUAGAGAGACGGCUGCACAUGCUAACCAAGUGCAGGGAACUUAUGGAGCGUAUAGAUAAGGCGAAUACUUGGUGUACGCGAGGAAUAGAAUUACUAGCGUCGCAGAACAGCACGACACCACCGGAUCAGGCGCUUCAAGAAUUGCAGCAGUUGAUUGAAGCCGCGGAGGAGUUUCAUCAUCCCCGAUGUAUCUUUCAGGAUUCUGUAAUGCCGGAAACUAAAGCGCUCAUUACGCAGGUUUUGCAAAGGAUAGAAGAUGUAUCUUUGAUGUGCGACAAGAGAAUAAUGGCACUAAAACAGCAGCUGAUCAAACCAGCCAGACCAGUACAAACUGUCACUCCAGAACCAGUCAAACCCUUGCAAUCACUGCCUCAAAUCGUAAAACCUGGCAGAAUUCUCAAAAAAGCCAAUACCAUGCCAAAGAUGGAAAUGAGUCCUAUAGAGGGAGAGUCUUCUUCACCGGAAAGCGAGCCUCGGGACGUUGAAGCUUUGCGCUUGAAACGCGGUCACGUAUUGGCAGAACUCGUAGAAACUGAGCGAAUCUACGUUGCCGAACUUGGAUCAAUUAUCAAAGGUUAUAAGAUGGAAAUGACGAACGAGGCGAUGGUUCAUCUGAUACCCACGGCACUGGUUGGCAAAGCGGACGUGUUGUUUGGAAAUUUAGAAGAUAUUUAUAUUUUUCACGGGGAGACAUUUUUAAGAGACUUGGAAAAUUGCAUCUCGAAUACGGAGCUCGUUGCCUUGUGCUUCGUUCAAAGGCGCGAGAUGUUCUUUAGAUUGUACAGUUAUUAUUGUCAGAAUAUUCCGCGAUCUGAAAGAUUGCGCGAACAAAUACAAAGCGAGCCGCAGUUCCUCGCAGCCUGCCAGCAGAAACUCGGCCAUAAGUUGCCGCUCGCUGCCUACCUUCUUAAGCCCGUUCAGCGAAUCACCAAAUAUCAGUUGUUGUUAAAGGAUUUGUUAAAGUAUAGCGACGAACCUUCAUGCUGUACGGAAUUACAGGAGGCAUUGGAUUGCAUGCUAGUUGUGUUAAAGUGCGUUAACGAUAGCAUGCAUCAAACUGCAAUAACGGGUUUCGGAGGUGAUUUGAGUGCACAGGGUGAACUAUUGUUACAAGGCUCAUUUAGCGUUUGGAGUAGCAGUAAACGGGAGCGACUGUUGCGAUUGAAACCAUCUCAGCGACAUAUUUUCUUAUACGAAAAGGCAUUGAUAUUUUGUAAGCACAGCAAGCCUCAAGCUCACGAUAAAGCCACGUAUCAUUUUAAAAGAUAUUUAAAGAUGUCGCAGAUCGGUUUGACAGAGUCGGUGAAAGGCGAUGCUAGACGAUUCGAGAUAUGGUUGCAGGGUAGAGCAGAGGUACACACGAUACAAGCGCCGAGUAUCGAUGUUAAACAGUCCUGGGUGCGUCAGAUUAAAGGUGUUCUGAUGUCCCAGCUAGCCGAACUCAAAGGCAAGCAGAAUUCGGCUCUUGGAAAAUCUAAUCACAAGCCGUUGCGGCAAACUAUUUCAUGGGAAGCUCAAGGAAGUAUAUCAGGAUCUCUACGAACGUUAUCUGUCGAUGGCAAUAGUGUCAUCUCUCACAUGACCGACGUGUCGCAGUCCACAGAAGAAGAUGCGGCUUGGAGUUCGGAAAACAGCAAUACGGACGAAGAAGAUGCCUUCGGCGAAAAUCCAGGACCAGCACCUGGUGGAAGAUAUGUGGCGUUGGCUGAUUAUUGCGCGGUGGGACAAUCAGAAGUCACAAUGCGCGAGGGUGAUACCUUGGAGCUUCUCAAAGUCGGCUGUGCCGGCUGGUGGUUCGUCAAACUGAUCGGCAGCGGCGUGGAAGGUUGGGCACCCGCGGCGUACCUGGAACCGAUCAGUCGAAAAACAUCACGCAGUUCGCAAUCAGUGAACAGUCAAGAGACCAUAUGAAACAGGCGACUAACACACUAGGUAGCUCACUAGUGUGUUAGAUUCUUGCUCUUUUUCGAAAAUCGCCACGCUUGAAGGAUAGUCGCUAUUGAGAAUGGUGUCUUGAGAAUGUUUCUAAAUGGCAGACGAUUUUUGGAAAUCUUUUACAGCAUUUAAAGCACGAGAUGAUGAGUUACGUCAUUUUGUGUAUUUUUUUUAUGCAAUAUGGCGUGCACAAUGCUCGUCACGUCUUUGUAUUUGCGAUACGAGGAACGUUAAGUUGUUUAACAACAGCAUUUUUGCGUUCAUGAAAAUUUUAUACUAAUUACUUAACAAGAGGAAAGAAUGAAACGGGGCGAUAAGUUUCACGACAGUCGAGCGCACGAGUUUUCCUCAGAUUGAGCGAACUCGUUUACGGAAUUUUACUGAAUUGUACAAAAUGUAGCAUUGAAUUAAGCCGAGAUUAUGUACGUGUACGCACACAAUGAAUUACGAGAUGGUCUCGAUUACUAAAAUUUCUAUAACAAUAAAUAAUGCACAUGCUAUAGUCAACAGGAGGAAGGAGACAUGACUCCGAUGUUAAAUCGCACGCGUCCUCGUGUUCGAUUAGUUGUAAUUUGUUUUAAGGAGAAUCUGCAUGAAGAAUUAUGUAAGCAUAUUCUGUAAAUGGUAGUUUCUAUUUGUGAUCCGGGUAAUCAAAUAUUGGCUGUAUGCGAUUAUUCCAAAGUUUAAUAUUGUUGUAAGAGAAAAGAAGAGAGAAAAAGAGAAAGACGCGCGACACUUUCGUCCAUAGCGUUUUGUCAACAACACGCGUAACUUCCUUUGCCAGUUGGAUGAACCAGAUGGACAAUCUUAUCUUUGCUCGAUGUAUUCCGCGGCGCCGCGAGUAACUAGACGUCGAUCGUCAACACGUUGCCGUUGAUCGCGUCAGUUGUGUAUCAUCAUAUGUUGGCUUAGAUUUCUUAGAUAGAUUCCUAGAUGCAUCGUUGUCACAACCGAAUAGUACAACUUAGUGCAGUUCCGCGAGCUUUGAGAGUAUCCUAGGUGUUUCGUUUUACCAAGGAUUGAGAUUGCUUCCGAGGAUUGAAAUAUAAAAUAUUCAAAAACAGAUCCUCGAGCCUUCGAAAGGAGAGAGAAAAAAAUGUGUGAUAAAAGAAACGUUAGAUUGAUGCUUCUGCAGAUUAAUCGCGGGGAAAGAGAUGUUUAAUUAAUAUUACGCCAUUCUUAGAAUAUUAGAUAUAUUGUUGACGAGUCGUUGCGACCAAAUAGGCUUGAGAUGUUACUAUGAACUAUCGUGAACUAUUAAUUCGGGGAAGUAACGCGGUGGUGGGACGGAGAGGGUUCAAUGAAUCAUAUACAAUGCGUACACAAAUUUUCUAGAAGGCUAAACGGUUAACACCAAAUAAUACGCAAUAUCCGAUAUCGAAAUCUUAACACACAUAAUACCUUAGGACUGUACAAUAAGCAAUCUAAGUUUUAGCGGAUUUCAUAACCCACCAAUUUCAUAAAUCUUUAUUAUGAUAUAUAUAAAACGAUGUAUAAUAGUAUCAUUUGUACUGAAACAUUUGUACGGAUUAUGGAUAACAUAAUUUAAGGGGGAUUAUUAUCUCGAUCGCUAUAAUUUACUCUCCAAUGUUGCAUACGUGUCCGCUCCUAUAAUGCGCAAAAAAAGGACACGAUUUCGUCGCAACUUUUGAUAUAUAGCCUACAUGAGUCUGCUUUUAGUAUUUAUGUAAUUCGAGUAUUAUUAUUAUUUGUACAGAGAGCACCAUUAUUGAUAUUUAUUAGAUCGAUAUAUUUAUUGACUAGCGGAUUAUUUAUAUCGCGUUAAAUUAAGGACAGCGAUCAGUGGUUUAUACUGACCCAGGCUGCUUCAGACUGAUUUACGACAAUUGAUGUACUGUAAACGCGACACAAACGGAUAGCUAUUGCAUAAUUUGAUGAUUGUAUAUGAACGUUAUGUGAAUUCGUUUCUUGCCGGCACACUGCGUUUUAUACAACUUGCACCUCCGAUCGUACAAGUUCGGUAAUUUCCUCUGCGCCAAGUUUGUUUUACUUUCCACGCGUUUUACUCUUCAGCCGCACUUAGGGUAGAUCUGAUAGUUAUAUCUACAUAUAUUCAUCCAUUUAUACGCCGUCCUUUAUAUAUCGACCACAAAAUUUUCAAUCAAACGAGCAAUGUUAGUUUAAAUACGAUGCGUUUCCAUACGAUGUGUCCGCUUUGCGUUAUGAUACUGUAGAUAUGAGCGGAAAGGCCAUACACUCGGUUUCGUUUGCGGGAGCGACUUUAUGUAAAGAGAAGAGAAACAGAGACAGUUGUGACAGCUCAAACGUAGAGAAGAAAACCGGUUAAAAAACAUCGCUCGUCAUACCUACCGUUCACGAACGCUUCCGCAAAUUGUAACGUGGUCACCUUCACCGGAAGUCGUUCGUGGCCUCGCGCGGGCGAUAUUCCUCAUCUCUGUAAAAUCGCGGUUAAAAAGCGACCAAGCCAAGGUGAUAUCUAAACAUGAGAUGCGAGUUUUUUGUAGAAACUAUAAAUAUAUACAUACAUAUAUGUACACAUGCAUACACAUACAUACAUAUAUAUAUAUAUACAUAGACAAUAAUUAUAUACCCGCUGUUGGAGGAUACAUGACGGAUGCGCGUUCGUUCGGAUAACAAUUUCAAUGAUGAAUGCGAUAUUUCCCGCGGCGACUACCGGAGCAAGUAAAUGGAAGCAGAUCCUCGCGAGUGAAUCUCUCGCCGUGGACGAAAUCAUCGAUAUUAAUAGAGAUCGCGUAAACGCAGGUGCGCGUGCAAUUUUUUAGGGGGAAAAAAGAAGAAGAAGAAGAAGAAGAAGAAACGCGGGAAGAGUUGGACGUUGCGACCGCGAUUUCUUCAACGGAUGGUUCCUCUCGUCGUUCCUCGCCGGCGCAAGAGGGUGAUAGUAAAGUCUAUUUUUGCAUAUAACAAAUAACAAAGAGGCUGCCGAAAAUCUCUUCUAUUUGCGUUACGUAUGCGUUUGCGCGAUCGUUUGUCACCGAGACUUGACUGUAAUUAACGACUGCUGCGUACGCUUUCUCUUCUUUUGAUUACUUCGUUCGAUUCGCGAGCUACUCGCGAAAUGUACUCUUGGAACUUUUCUUUGUUUUUUUUUUUUUGUUGUCGCUAUGUAAUCUGCGAUUGUGAAUCGUAGAUCGUUUUAGUCCUCGCGGAAGAGGAAUUACUCGGAUCUCAGAAGCGAUAUUUUUAUACAGGAUGCAGUUAAAAGGAUCGCUCGAGCUUAAGUUGGAUUCUGCUUUUCGCAAAACGAGAUUCGUUCGACUCGUCGGACGAACCUUCGUGUACGCGCGAAUGACAGACGACAGUAAAUGCGAUUUUGCGAGAAAUGAUCAUUUUUAAUUGUCACGCAUCUCCGUUGUUCUCUCGAUGAAGAAGGGAGCGGAAUAUCGCGAUUUCUGUACGACUCAAGCGUGUAGAUUCGCACACUAAAGUUCCGUUUCAACUCGCACGAGAACCUUGCGUACAAUCAGUUGUCAAACUUGUAUGAGUCUGCAAUACUAAACGGGAACAUUAAACGCGAGAAUUCAAAGUGGAAUCUGCAGCAAAAGCCUCAGCUCUCGUUCCUGACAAAUCCCCGCUGUUUUUUCUGACGUAUUUCUUCAGCUAAAGAGAUGCGUGCUUGGGAAGCGAAAUGUUGUGUAAUCUUACAAUAAUCAUCGGUACACUUUAUGUUUUUGUAA